AAUCUCGAAUUGGGUUACCCUUAAGUACAUGAAUCUCGACAUCGGUUUCGGCCCAUGUGCUUUCAAUCAAUAACCAACCAACAAAAACACGACAGGGCCCAAAAUAAAAAGAGAAAAAAAAAACAAAACAUUGCUUCCCGCACGUUAAUCGCCAAACGUCGUAGCACAUCGGCAAAGGUUUCACCUCUCUGACGAACCGGACUCACCGCACCCAACCUAAAUCACCACCACCACCGCCGUUUGUUUACUCCGAACAAACAAAUAACCGCACCGCGAACGCGAAAUCAUCAUGGACUCCCCCGCCGGAGCGCCGCCGCACCCCGUCGCAUCUCGGCCGUCGCCGUUUCCGGCUCGCGAAGACUGCUGGUCGGAGGAAGCCACGUUCACCCUUGUCGACGCCUGGGGCGAGCGCUACCUCGACCUGAACCGCGGCAACCUCCGUCAGAAGCACUGGCAGGAGGUCGCCGACGCCGUCAACGACCGCCACGGCCACGACCGGAAGGCGCGCCGCACCGACGUCCAGUGCAAAAACCGAAUCGACACGCUCAAGAAGAAGUACAAGAUCGAGAAGGCUAGGGUUUCCGAUUCCGGCGAUUACGCCAGCACAUGGCCUUUCUUCCGCCAACUCGAUUCCCUCAUCGGAGACACUUUCCCGGCGACGAGACCCUCCCCGCCGUCUUCCUCUGGCGGCCGCCGUGACAGUCCGCCCAUGAGCUCUCCUGCCUGGACGCUCGUGCCGGUGGGCCGUCGAUCCGCCACUCUGAAACGUCCACCGGCGACGACGACUUCGCCGGCGAAUUUGGACAACUCGUACCUCCGGCAGAAACUGUCGGCGUUCGCAGCGGCGGCUGCUGCGGCGGCGGAGGCGGAGAAGAACAGUGAGAAUUCGAAUGGUUCAAAGGGGAAGAAGAGGGGAAGAAGGGAUUGGGAAUUUGGGUACAGAGAUGUUGCAGAGGCCAUAGAGAGGUUUGGGGAGAUAUAUGAGAGGGUGGAGUUAGCAAAGCAAAGGCAAAUGAUGGAGUUGGAGAUACAGAGGAUGCAAUUUGCUAAGGAUUUGGAGUACCAGAGGAUGCAGCUCUUCAUGGAAACUCAAGUGCAGCUUCAAAAAAUCAACACCUCCAAGCGAUCUUCUACCCCUGAUAGUUUCUCGUAGCAAAACGGUGAUGGAGACUCAUAUUGAGAAGAAUAUAUAGAUAUGCAAGCAUACUUAGCCCCUUUUUAAUGGAUAAAGAAAUUAGGUAAGAUAUUUUCACCGUAAGGUUCAAUUUCGGUUGUAUUUAAUUAGUGCUAUAUUUAUAUUCAUGUGAAGUAAAAUCAACGAAGUGAUUGUGAAUGGCUGUUCAGUUGGAAUAUUGUUUUGUUUUAUCUUGAACGGAACUUUCGUGUGUUAAAGUCACGAUAUAUUGAUUUUGGUAUAGGCCUUUGUUUUUUU